AUGGGUGUCAAAAGUCAAAACCGUUGGAAAAUAAGGAAUUGGAUUUUCAUCAUUUUUCUUUGGAGCCAUCCUGUGACGUCACAAACCAACCAAAAUGUGCUGAAACUAAUGAACGACAUUUUCACCAAUUACUCGUCUAAAGUCCGCCCUAUGAUAAGUCAAGAACGGCCGCUUCCUCUUGACGUCAGUUUUUACCUCAGCAGCAUCAACGAGGUCAGCGAAGUCAAGGAGAAACUGGUUACCACUGGAUACAUCAUGCUGGAAUGGAUCGACGAACUGUUGAGAUGGACCCCCGAGGAUUAUAACUACACUGAAAUGAUCUUCAUUCCUCAGAAUGAUAUAUGGAAGCCCGAUCUCGUCCUGAAGAAUGGAUUCAAGAAAUUUGAGGAGUUGGGUGGCAGUUUUUACUAUCUCGCGAUCAAUUAUGACGGCUCGGUCAACUGGUGGCCAUUUCAUGUAUUUGAAAGCCGCUGUGCCAUGGACAUCAGUCGUUUCCCGUUCGACACGCAGACAUGCGACAUCAAGUUCAUAACAUGGAGUCAUUUUGUUGAACAGAUCGAGAUUACAAAAUCUUCUAACGGGAUUCAAUAUUAUGAAUACGAAGAGAAUGGCGUAUGGGACAUCGUGGGCACGAGUUCGGAGAUUAAGAAGGAGCAGGGCGAAUCUGAAGUCAAGUUCACGUUAACGCUUCGACGAAAACCAUUGUAUUACGUAAUGAAUAUCAUUUUGCCUGUGAUAUUCUUAGGAUAUCUAAACAUUCUGGUUUUUGUCAUCCCUGUUGAUGCAGGAGAAAAGAUGUCCUUCUCAGUGACUGUAUUUUUGUCUUUCGCUGUUUUUCUGACCAUUAUUUCUACACUUCUUCCCACGAGUUCUGAUAAUACACCGAUCAUUUCUAUGUAUCUGAUUAUACAAUUAAUAUAUGGAGUUAUAGCCCUAAUCAUCUCAGCUUUCCAACUUCGCUUACACCACAGAAACGAGACAGAGGAAAUCCCGACGUUUUGGAUCAAGGUCGUUCAGCUACAACGUAAACUACGAUGUAAAAGAACACGGAAAGUCGACGCCUCGGAUUCAAAUUUGAAAGAAAAUGAAGUACAAAAGAUCGCAAAAACCUGUGACGAUAAUCGAGAAGUAACGUACGUGUGGAAUCACGUGUCCACCUCUAUAGAUUUUUUCGCUUUCUGGUCUUUUCUAAUCACAAACAUCAUUAUCACGGUCACUAUGUUUACUGUGUCGGCUUUAUCAUAA